CGCAGAAGCGGCGAUGGCGACAGGAGACGGAGGCGAGGAGGAGCCGCCGCGGGGGGGGAAGGAGGCCGGGCCGCCCCUCGGGCCCAGCGGCGACCUGGGGCAAUGGGACAAACGAAGGAUGUGCCGAGACCCCCCGGUAGAGAAAAGAGGUCCCUACAUUAUGAACAAACCAUCUUCUAUUCAGGAUAAGCUACAAAAACAUCGUGAGAUGGCGAAGGCAAUGCUGCGGAAGAAGGGGGUGCUUUCAGGAGCCAUCCGGCAACAGCCCAAACCAGGAGGCUUGAGGACGGUGAAAUUCAACAAGGGCUACACUGCGCUCAGCCAGACCUCAGACGAAACCCUGGUGGCCCUUGAUUCCGACAGCGAUGACCUGGAAUCAAGAUGUUCUUCUGGUUACUCCUCGGCUGAGGUCAACCAGGAUCUCAGUCGGCAACUGCUGCAGGACGGCUACCGCCUGGAUGAGAUCCCCGACGACGAGGAUCUCGACCUGAUCCCCCCGAAGCCCAUUUCUUCCUCACCGUGUUCCUGUUGCUUCGGCGACGCUGCCUCCUGCUCCAUCCAGUAGGAAGAAGCCCCGGAGGGCUGCAACUAACACGGGUCAAGAAUUCAGCACUUUUUCUUUCCCGGUUCCUCUCUUUUUCUCUUGGAUCCCUGCUGAGCCCAGCCUUGAACUUUAGGUCAGAUCAGCAGGAUUGGGGUGGGGUGGGGUGGGCAGCCCUGGAGAUUCGGUCCCUGGAAGGGCGAGGCCGUGCCCUGCUGGCACCUUCCUCGCUGCUCCAAGCGUCUUCUGGAUGGUGCAACAUAGAUGCGUGUUAACCGCUAAGUGUUCGGGAGCCUGGUGGAUGCCCUGUGCAAAGAGAGGCUGUUUUUUUUUCUGGAUGGGUUCGGCACUCCUGAGGACUAAUCAGGAGGCAAGGGUUUCUUCCCUAUAAAAGGUGAACAGAAAACCUGUGUGCGUGUAAAUAAGUGAACAACAGCAAUUCCGAUAACUAGGUUUACAAUAUAUUGGGGUUGCAGAGGUCAAUAUACGAAGGGAAAAACAACAACUAUGCCGCAUAGAGACAGAGGAAAGAGGUUGCUUUUCCUGGCGAGAGGGAAGUUCUUGAGAUGUUUCUGCAGGGCCUCCUUAGAAUGGAGGUCUUGU